CAGCAAAAUACGAGCAGUGAGUCACAGAAAUGUGAGAACGGGAGCAGAUGGGCAGGGUUUAUUCGUAAGAAGAAGAGGAGUUCAGGGACAUUGUUGCCGAUAGAAAGAGAUUUGGGAGAUUUGAAAUGGACCGAGCUAAGAAAGACACCGUAAUAACUUAUAAAAUGAGAUAAGCAACGAGAUUAAAUAUGUGCAUAGGUUGAUAUUCUCAUCUCUGUUUACCUACAGAGAGCUCUCACCUUUACCUUAUUGGAUUCUCUGAAAGGAAACACAUGAUUACACCAUGAUUACGCAUGACUGUGUAUUCAUGUGACCUUAUUCUCAAUUAGCUUCUGAGUAGUAGGGAUUUGGUCUGUUUUUGUGUUCUUUGCUCUUCUUACAGGUUUUAAAUUGGAAGACCUGUAUUGGCAAAUACCGACAUCACGCACUUCCACGCACCAAUCAAUUUAGCAAUAUGUAAAUCACAAUCUGCACAGCUGCGGGUUUGUUUGCUUAUGUUGCUCAUCGAACAACACACCUGGCAUCCUGUUUGCACAUGGGGAAGUGUUGCCCUCUGGGCUUUCCGCCAUGAAUCCUCUUCGCUUUAGGCAACAGGCUGUCUGGAUUAGAUUGAAGAAAAGAUAACGUAAUGGAUUAGAAUAAAGCCUUUUUUGGCAGAAAGCCUUUUCUGGCAAAUUUCUACCGAGUGCCAGCCCCGGAUCCUAAACAUCAAUCCAAUGAAUCUGCAUAGUCAAUUACGCUUUGAGGAAAAUACUUUGUUUGACGAAUAAUCAGUACGUUUUAAGCAUAAUCCUCAAAAGUCCACAUCAGAAUGCGCUAUGGUUGGAUAGGAGUGGAUAGAUCAACACAGGACUUUCACCCAGGAGACAGAAGUUUGUGUCCCGUUUGAAACAAACAGUCAUUGUUGACUUAUUUUAAAUUAAAUAACGUACCAAAUUAACUCAUCUUGAGCCAAACCAUGAUGGUCUUACAAAACCUAACCUAACGAUGUUGUGUUGCCCAAACGGAACCAAGUUAUUCUCUUGCAUUUUUUUUUGUCUUAAUAAACAUGUUCAAAAUGGCUGUAAUCCGUAAAAAUUCAGUUUAUUUGUAUGUAAAUGUUAUUGUGUGCGUUUGGUUCUAAUGAUUCCCACAUGCUGACCUUUUGAGAUUGAAUUUUCUUUUAAUUAGGGAUGUUCUCUUGACUUUCAUCAUUGCUUAUUUAGUCCAGUAUAUUUGUUCAAUAUUCCUGAUCAAAUGAAAUGUGAAAAACACAUUUUCAGGGCCAUUAACCUGAGGUAAUAACUGUACUGUUGUGAUAAAUUGUAAAAUGCAGCGUACUGGUGUAACCGUUCUCCCUUUCUCUGUCUCUCCAUCCGUCUGUAGUGAUGGGAGUGCUCAUGUCAAAGAAGCACCAGGUGGAGAAGGUGCAGAAAUGCAACGCCGUCGUCUCGGCCUUCCAGGCGGGCGUUAAGGAGCGUCCGGCUCCAGACAAACAAGCCGACGGAGGAGAAGGGGAGGAGGCCGGCGGCCCUGCCGAAUCCACAGCCACUCCCGUCGAGAAGAACGCAGAGGGCACGGAGAAGGAGGAAACGGACAAUAAAGCAGGCUCGUCGACUUCGGCUCAAGCGAGGGACGAUCGUAAGGCCAACCAGGAGGCGUGGUCGAGGUUACGUGACGGCAAAGGGGUGGAGCCUGGAGAUCUUGACAAGAGCUAUCAGCUCACGCCGCCCGCUUUCGUGCGGCCCAAAAGGGAAGCGGAUGACGACCAGCCUGUUCAGGUGGAGCUGUUAAAGAAAGAGCAGCCGCCGAGCGAUGAGAUGUGCGACGUGUGCGAGGUGUGGACGGCCGACGACCUUUACCCUUGCAGGAUCUGCACUCGGAUGUUUCACGACGGCUGCCUGAGGGAGCUGGGGUACCUGCAAGCCGAGGCCCUGCAGGAGAUGAAAGACACGGCCCACACUGUUACUGGAUGGAGCUGCUACUAUUGCGAUAAUCUGAAUCUACUCUUGACAGAGGAAGAGAUGUACAGCCUCAUGGAGACCUUCAAGCAGUGCAAGAUCAUCCCAGAGUCGUGCCUGGUGUCAGACGAGCUGCUGCAGUACCGCCACUUUGCAUCCAAGCAGCAGUUCGAUAAGGACCUGACUGAUGAGCAGGAGGAGGAGGUCCUGGCCCAGUUUGCGGCGCUGGAUCCCGAGAAGAAGGGUCACAUCGAAUGGUGUGACUUCCUUUACUUCGAGUCGCUGGCAGUGUUGCGGAAGUUGCGCACGGAGAACUCGAUGGUGCGCCUGUUGUCUGCCAAGGAGCGAAACAGCGUUCGGUCGGUGUUCCUGGAUCUGGACCUGGAUGAAGAUGGCGUGAUCACAAGAGCAGAAAGCCGCCAGGCCCAGAAGUCCUGGUUCCACAAGCUCAACAAAGACUCGCAGUCCUGCAACGUGAGACUCAUGGGACUCUGCUCUCCUAUGAAUUGUGGCAUCAGUCACGUGGGCCCCAUGUGCGAGAGCAGUCCCGCCAGCUCCGGCAGUGGUAGGAGCAAGACUGACGACAGCAGGCCAGUGACCUGGGCAGACUUUUUAAAGGAGAGUGCCAUCUACCUAUUGGCUGCACGGCCCAAUAGUUCUGCCAUGCACAUCCGUGUGCCUCUAUAAUCCAGAGAGAGAGAGAAGAUAAAGAGAGAGAGAAAGAUAAAAAGAGCUAGAGAGAGGUUGUACCCUAGAGUCGACAAGAUGGAGGAAGACACGUUUGUGUCAACUGAGCGAACUGGAUGAACCGAGAGGCGGCGGAUCAAGGCCUCGAUGGAACCUCUCCUUCCUCUGCGUUUCCCCCGACAACCCGCGACACCCGACAACGCAAACCCCCGCUGAUUGACGACGCCGAAGCCGACGCACGCCACUGCAGCCGCCACGGGCCCACGAAACGACUCCGACGACAUACUUCCGACAAAUGUUAGAUGAAAAAAGACGGGCAAGAGAACACCCCCCCCCCCCCACGACUGCUGUAGCAGGCGGAUUCAUUGAGUGUAGCGAUCGCGCGUCCAAAUCAAAGCUACCAUGAUGCUCGCGCUCCAUUAAAUGACCAUGUGCCACACACUGUUCGGCCCCUCAAGCUGCAUAACACACCUCUCCAUGCGGGUACGUUCAGCGUGACGGGUUGUUUCUGUUUCACGCACUCGUUUCUUUCGGGCCUCGCCGUGCCCUAAUAAUAGUUCCCUGCUACUGUAAUGGAUCUGUGUUAUUCACACUGCACCAGAGGCACGCGCAAAUUCACCGUCCGUCGUGUUUCACAAGUGGAUCGACUUCCGGGGGGGGAUGGAGAUUAACCAACCCCCAGCCCCUCCUCCCCCUCCCCCGCAGCUGCCAUUCUCAGAACGUAUACCAAAGCGGGAAUGAAAAGCUGAUAUUAUAUUAGGAACUGCUAUUCACGCCGGUAUGAAUUCUUAUUAUUAUAAUGCAUCAAAAAUAAUGCUGUAUUUAUUCCUGUAUCCUCCAAUGUGUCCUCUGUUUAUCCCUAGCCAAGAGUUGUUCUUCCGAAGUACUAGCUGUAAAAAAAAAAAGAAGAAAAAAAAGGGACGUGAACUUUAACGAAAGCUAACCCGGGUAAAAGACCUGCAUAUACUGCCAUAAAGUUUGUUUUUUUCUUUCCCGUUGCGCUCAGAGCUGCAUUAAGGUCAAGGUGGAGACAUCCGCCCUCCUCUUGUGUCGUCCUUAGGAUGCGGAUGGGCUGCUGUGUGACAUGAUCACUGUCAGGAAGAAUGAUGAGAGACUUCGGGAAAUCUGGCGCAAGUGUUUGUCCUUUGUUAAAACAACUGUUAAAAAAACAAAAAAACAUGUAAAUGGGAAAAAACGUGGUGAGGAUUCUAUAAUGUUACAGGUGGUACAAUUAUUUAAAAAUGCACAUGAAAACUGCCAGUUGAAUCACUGGAAACGUGUUGUAACCAGUAGAACUCCAUGUAUUGUUUAUGCCAUGUAAUGAUGGGUCUAUGUCCUCUUUGUCAAUAAAGUAUGGUUAUGAAAUGAA